UUGGGGGUCACUAGCUUCUCUUUUAUUUUGUAGGUCAAGCACUGAAAAGUUAAAGAACUGUUUCUCUGAAAGUAUAAAAAUCUAAAUCUAUUUCAUGGCUGUAAAAAAUAUCAACAUUUAUGUUUUUCAAGUGCUCCAUAAAAAAAUUCCCAGACCGGAAAUGACAAGAAACAACAACAGUCCUUUCCUGCCUUAGAAGUUCUCGCGAUAUUUUAAGUAGCAAGGCGAAGAAAAUGGAAGCGUGUGCUAGCGUUGUAGCUCCACGCACUUAUUAAUAACAUGAAAAUAACCCUAUACAUCGAAGUUGUUUUUUUAAGGAUCCAUGGAGAAGCAAGCCAAAUGACUCUUUGCACAUCUUGAAUACAUUUGAAACUGCCUGGAGAGGUUUGCUGCUCUUAGAUGUCAUUAUGGACCCAAUGGAAAGUAACAAUCCUAUCAAUGAUGAUGGCACCCCAGGAGAACAGCAGAACCAACCAGAGGAGGCAGAAUCUGGCUCACGACCUACGUUGUCACAGGUCAGGAAAUCAUGGGGCUUCAGGCGGACGACCAUUGCUCGAAGGGAGUUCAUGGAGGAAGUUGGAGAUUUAAGCAACAGUCCUCCACUUGUUCGAAAAGGCCGAACUCGGAGAACCAAUCAGACAACAGAACCCCCUGCAGAACCCUCCGCCCAAAGGAAAUCUACCCGAAGCGUUUUAGAGGACCUCCAGUGGUCUGCUCCUUCUUCACCUGUGUCUGAGGACGAGAAGCACGUUUCAGAGCCUUCUGCAGGUGGGGCCUUUGAUCCCAAUUUGUGGCAGGAUUUUGGAUCUGCCUUCGGCACUGCCUUCUCUCUGCUUGGUGGGGAUGAAGACCUGUCAUUGACAAUGGCAGAUACAAUGGCGGACCCUGACAUUUUAGACGCUACUGAGAUGGCUGCUCCACAGGUUAUAGUUGACACAGAAAUCCUAGAUAAUAUUGAUAACAUGGAGACCACACAGCCUUGUGGUCCUGAAGAUGUAGCUGAGGGGGAUGACGAUGAUGUAGUUUUGAUAUCAAGUCAGGAAGAAAACAGCGAUGAAACGAGUCUGUUACAGAUAACGGAGCAGCCAGUCUCCCGUGGCAGACCGGCUCGAGGUGGUAAAGGUGGAAAAGGAAGGGCCAGAGGAAGGGGAAGGAGCAGAGGAAGAGGUAGAGGAAGGGGUAGAGGUAGAGGAAGGGGGAGGGCAGAAGUCCUUCAGGCAAAUUUAGCAGGUGAUGUCAGUGGUGAUGAGGUGAUGCUAGUUACCUCAGAGGAGCUGCGACAUUUACAAGGAGAGGAAAAAGAAAACCCUCCUGAAGUUGAGGUUUCCCCUUCUCACUUUGAUAUUUCCCUGAUUGCUGACCAACAGUCAGCCUCAGACUGUAUAAUCUUAGGCACUGAUUUUAGCCAUAGCACGGCUCUGAUGUCUGACCAGUUUGAUGAUGCACCAGAGCAGACGAUGCAUAAGAACAAGAAAGAGGCUGAAAACCUGGAAGAUCAUCCAUCAGUGUCAGAAACCAAAGGUUACGAGUCCACCACCCUGUGCUAUAUCUGCCAUCAAACGUGCAACGAAAGGUUCAUGAUCUGCUGUGAUAGUUGCCACGAGUGGUUCCAUGGUGUCUGUGUCGGUAUCAGCGAGACACACGACCAGAAGAUUGAGAGGAAGGAGUUCAUGUGCUCAGCUUGUACUGCACACCAGCAGAGCCACAUCCAGUUCGAGUCUCACAUUCAGCCAGACCUUCUUUUUCCCGAAUGCUUGUUGCCAAGUCCUCCUGAGAUGGACUUGGUGCUACAGGAGGAACAGCAGCUUCUCAAGGAGACCAUAGUGGUGGAGGAAGAGGAGGAGAGGCAGCCUUUAGUGAUAAAACCUGAAGCUAAACCUCCAGCAGAAAUAAAGACAGACAGCUGUCUCCGCCUCUGCACUGGCCCCGGCUGCUUGAAGCAAGCACUUCAAGAUUCUGUUUAUUGUGGCACCGACUGCAUCCUUCAGCAUGCUGCUGUCACCAUGAAGACACUCUCAACCCCUAAUGUGCCCAAAUCUAAAGGGCGGCCUCAGAGGAAAGCUGCAGGAACCAGAAACAUGGCAAAGGGUCAACGUGUAGGUCGGACAUCUAAGAGGUUGGCAGAAAAGGCGUCAGAGGGUGCUGAUGAAGAGGACAUGAAGGAGGAGGAGGAUGGAGAGCAGGAGGUGGCUGCUUCUCCAGUAGCCUGCGACCCCAGUUUCACAGAUGUUCAGUCUGCCUCCAUGCUACUAUCUAACUCAAACACUGAGUCUGAUGAGACUGUUGAAAAGAUGGAGACAGAAAGUAUGGCCUUGCCUCCUCCAAAACCGUCUACGGAGGACACCUCAGCAGAUUGUGCUGUCCUUUCCCAACCUAUCACAGAGGAAGCGUCCUUACAGAGUCUUCCCGAAGAAAAGGUCAAAGAACCUGUUAGUACUGGGGUCUCCAAGGAGCAGUGUGUGGAGUCGGAUACAUCUGCACCACAAAUGUCUAAUCCUCUAGCUGAUCAGAGUCCUACCACUUCAGCUCUCAGGCUUCAUGGGUCUGGUGCCCUAAUGGUCACAAAGACCGCCUACGUUAUUCCAAAGAAGCAACCUGUGUCUCAGCCUCCAUCCAGCAAUGCAUCUGCUUCAGCGACAGGCCAGAAGUUGUCCUCAGCCCCAACAUUGCUGAAUGAAACCCGUAAUCUGCUUGUACCACCAGCGCCCAGCGCUCCCGCCUCCAGACCGUCUCAGCCCAAUAACCAGAUCCGACAGAGCAUCCAGCGCACCCUCUCAACCAUUCUGCUUAAGAGGGUCUGUGAUUGUGAGGAUUUGCAGAUGUCCGAGAGUGAAGUUGCAAAGCUUGUUGCCAACAUUGAGAAGGAGAUGUUCGAUAUAUUUCGCAACACAGACAGCAAAUACAUGAACAAGUACAGAACAAUAAUGUUUAACCUGAAAGACUCGAGGAAUAAGGGUCUGUUGUACCGGGUUGUAAAUGGAGACAUUGGUCCCUUCAGACUGGUGAGGAUGAGUCAAAAGGACAUGCAAGCUACGAAAGCACCCGAGCCAACGCCUACAGAUGCAACAAAGGUUAAAGAUGAAGUGGCUAAAAUGACGAAUGUGCAGAAGCCUGAAGCAGUGAAACUUGAUUUGCCAAAGCUAAAUCCUGCUAGGCCUGAGAGAAAACCAGAGACCAUGAAGAGAGGCCUUCCUGCUCCACCGUCAAAACUGAGAGCUAACCAACAAAGCAAGGACACCACUAGGGCAGAUGUGCUCUCCUGUAUGCUCAAGGACACAACAUCAGAGCACAAAGCUCACCUCUUUGACCUGAAGUGUAAGAUAUGCACAGGUCAGAUGCAACCUGCAGACAUGGACGAGCCUGUUAAGAAAAAACCCAUGGUAUCUGUGUCACAAGAUAAGACUGAACCCUCUUGGAAGAAGCUUGCAGUGGAUGACUCCCCUCUGCGCGCUCCCCUAGAAUCACCUUUCAUGGAUUCUCCUGCAUCUUCAACAAUGGAGUCUUCACCCAAUUUAAACAUUGACUCUCCAAAAUUAACCAUUGUAGAAUCACCGGGCUCCCCGAUAAUGGAUUCCCCUGCCUCCCCUAUAUUAGAAUCUCCUGCUUCCCCUGUCAUAGUGUCCCCUGCAUCUCCAACUCCACAGGCAUCUUCCGCAUCAGCACCAAAGAAAUCGUAUACUCCAGUAGCGAUACCAUCCAUCUCCACUGUAACCAUAACAAGACGUGACCCUCGCACUGCAGCCACCAGGAUCACUGCUUCAUCUGGUGUCAACUCUAGCUACAAUAACAUUAACUAUAAUCAAGCAGCUCCCUAUGCACUUGUUAAAGACACCCAACCCCCCCAAUCAGCUCCACCAUCCUUAACACAACCACCCAAAGUGUUACCUAAGUCUAUUCUAAUGAAGCCAUCUUCUACUGCUGAUCCCAGGCUUUAUGGCGCAUCUUCAAGGGCAACAAUUUCUCAUUCUGCUGCAGAGGGCGACACUUCACCGUUUCUAGCUAAGCAAGAGAUACUCUGGAAAGGAUUUUUAAACAUGCUCACAGUUGCAAAGUUUAUGACUAAAGCGUAUCUAGUAUCUGGAUCUGCUGAAAACCUUAAAACGGAUCUACCUGAUACCAUACAAAUCAGAGGACGAAUCUUGCCUGAAACGGUUUGGGACUAUGUUGAAAAACUUAAGACUUCAGUUACAAAGGAGUUAUGUGUGAUCCGUUUUCAUCCAGCGACAGAGGAGGAAGAGGUGGCCUAUGUGUCCCUCUUUUCCUAUUUUAGUAGCAGAGGUCGUUUUGGUGUGGUUGCCAACAUCAGUCAGUCCAUCAAAGAUGUUUACCUCGUCCCGCUCAGUUCAAAGGAGUCGAUUCCAUCCAUGCUGCAGCCUCUUGAAGGGCCAGGUCUUGAAAAAAAUCGACCCAAUCUUCUUUUGGGUCUUGCGAUUGUCCAAAAGACAAAACGUCCUGGAGGCUUGCAUCCAGAAACUGAAGAGAAGCGACCCAAAGUUAACAUGCCUAAAGACCCAACGUGGAUUCCCAAACCGCCGGUACUUUAUGGUUCUGACAAGCUGGAGAUAUUCCAGCCAUAUGAUCCGGAGACUCCGGCGAGUUCCUCCCCUCCUGGUUCACCAUCUUGUCCUGGAUCAACAUCAGACUCUUCCUCUUCUAGUUCAGUUACCAUGCCAUCUUCCUUGAUGUCCAAUAAAGCUGCUUCUUCUGCCUUGUCCACUGUAACAACAGAAUCCACAUGUAGCAGCAAGCAAGGCAAAAACUCUACACCUGCAUCUAAUAACAAAACUCCUUUGCAGACUAUUUUGAAGACUUUGUUUGGCAGUAAAACAUCUGACUCCACUGUAUCCACUGAUAAAAGUGCCCCCAAAGCCCCAGCAAAUACAAAGAAGACCCCAGGGUUUUCUCAAAUAUCUGGAUCCAUGGUAGAUCCAAUUGUCCAGCAAUAUGGACAGAAAUCCAAAGUCAAGGAGUUUGAAGUAAAGGAGGAGGGAGGGGAAAAAGAAAAUGACUUUGACAGACCAUAUGAUCCUGAAGAGGAGUAUGAUCCUGCAAUGACCUAUAAAAUGUUCCCCCCACAAGCCACUGAACAAAUCAAGGCUGAUGGCUCGGCAGUAUCGGGAAUUUUUGAAGAUGAUGUGGCCUAUGAUCCUGAAGAUGAGACCAUUUUUGAAGAAUUUCAGAGUGGUGCUGCUUCAGCAAAGCCUGUUGUUUCAACUGAAGUUAUCGAUUCUUCAUCAUGUCUGACCCCAGUUUCUAAUUCUACUCCAGCACAGAGUUCAAAUCCAGUUUCGGCAAUACAGAAACUUCCUACCGGCACUAUAGUUGUCUCAGCGGCAACAUUGAGUGAACAGCAGAGGAUGCUUGAAGAACUUAACAAACAAAUUGAAGAGCAAAAGCGGCAGUUAAAAGAGCAAGAAGAAGUAUUGCGACAGCAAAGGGAAGCUGUGGGUAUGUUCAUGGCUCGUUUUUCUGUUUCUGAUACCUUAAUGUCCACCCCCACAAACGCAUCGACAUUGUCAUCUAUGCAGUGUGAUAAAAUGCAAAUAGAAUCAAAGUCUUCUAACAAAACGGACAAAUCCGACAUACCUACAGAGACUGACAAUAACUCAAAUGUGGAUUCAAAAACUGUUAAAGUAGAGGACACAAGUGCCUGCUCUAAUGUAAAAGAUAGUUUAAAUACUGCUGCAGAGCAAGAUGAAACUCAGGAAAAUGUUAUGGAAUGUGACAAGAUUUUCUCUGCUGGGGAGAUUGAGGACUCAGAUGUAGCUUAUGAUCCUGAGGAUGAAUCGCUUUUUGAUGAAAUCCAAGAUGAUGUUUUUAAAGGAGUCAUUUCAUCGACGAGUAAUUCAUCUGCUAAAGCAGGUGAUAAUGUCUAUCACAAGAGUGCAUCACCAAAUUUGCACCACUCCAAAAAGCGAAGGUCAUCACCAAAAAGGCAUAGCCGUCAUGAAAGGGACCAUCACAAAAGUCUUUCAAGAAGGUCACAGCGGCGUUCUCGAUCCCAUUCUAGAAGACGUAGAGACAGGGAUAGACAUAGCAGAAGUGAAAGAGACAGGUCAAGGCACAGACCCAGAGAGUCACCUGAAUGUUCUGGCCAGUAUCGCAAAGACUACACAACACGCCAACAUUCUCGUGGGCAUAGAAGAUCCCCGUCAUCCCCACGAAAAAAACAUUCAGCAUCCCUUUCACCAAAACGUCACGCAGAACAUUUUUCUCAGCAGAAAACAAAACAGUCAAGUAUUCCAUGCCGUUCUUCAGAAUCUCUUUUGGAAAAAAAUGCAAAGAGUAGUAGAUUGACAUUGUCCAGUAUUAAAAGGGAUCCAGAUGGAGACAAUUUAGUUGCUGUUGUUGCGAACACUGAUAAGCAUUCACAUGAACUAAUUCACAAUGUAAAAACAGAAGUUAUAAAACCACCAGUUUGUCAGAAAAUUGAAACAGAAAACAAAUCAGAUGGACAUUGUGAUGACUCAAUUAGUGUUUUUACUACACAGGAAAAGAAACCUUCACAGCAGACAUUAUUUCAUGACAAAUACGAAAACACAAUUCCUCUCAGGGAAAUUGAUCCACCCACUCGAGAUUCUCCUGAAAGCCCUGAUCCAGAUCCACAGUUUGUUAAACCUCCAAUCUUUGAAGAGAAUGACUCUGCUGUGACUGAGGAAAUCAGAGGUCCUAACGAGGAUAAUGUUGCUUCAUUGCAGUCAGAUAAAAAUGCAAACAAGGUUGUUCAACUUGCAUGCCUUGCCAAGGAAACUCCAGAAUCUGAAGUAGAUACUGUUGCAAAGCUUUCUGCAUCAGAGGCUAGAAUCCAAAGCAGUAGUCAUUCAAGACCAGACAUGAAAAAAAAUGAAAACAAGGAAAUGCACUUAAAACAAGGAGGACCAAGUUUUAGACUUUUAGGUCCUGAGUCAGGAUUUCAAGAUAAGUUUAUAGAUUGUAUAGGGACACCUGUAAUGCAACAAGAAACAUGUGCGCCGGGGGCAUCGGCAAUCAAAAAAGAACCUGGUAUUUAUUGUCAAAACUUUAACAAAACUGAUUCAUUGACAGCUGAGACAGGUUCGGUGCUGGAUACAAAAGAUAUGUCUUUGCAGGACAUACAUCAAAACAUAAGAUAUCCAUACACAGAUAGACCACACAAUACUGGAUUAGCUGUUUCAAAUUCAACAAUAGCAGAAUCAUUCAUACAGAAUGAGAGGGGAAAUCAAUUAACGUCAGGCCAAUUAUCAGAUAAACAUGUUUCAGAUCAUGGGAGGUUGGUCUCAAAGGAUUCUGUACCAGUUAUGCAUCAUAACACAGAUAUCAGGGGGCAUAUGAAUGAGGCAGCUCAAAAUGUUAGUUGUCUGCAAGAUUUACUCUGUUUUAAAAUUAAGGAAUUUAGAUCACAGUCAGAGAACCUUGAUAGUAGGUCAGGCCUGAUGACAUUGGGGACACAAUCAUUUAAGAAAAAUGUUUUUGAACCACAAGGAGGACCUGCAGACUUAAGUGUCACAGGUGGUGGUAUAAAGUGUGAAAUCAUGACAAACAUUACAAAAUCAGACUGGAAAGAUGCAGGACCCCAUCAAAAUGAUCAGAGUAAAAGGCUUGCUACUCCUGAGAGAAAUCUAGACCAGGAUGUCUCAAGAUCAAUCACAGAUGAUGCAUGGAAAGGUUCAGGUUGGAGACAAAUGGAUCCAGUCCGAACAGGGCAAUAUGCGCAAGAUGAUAGAAGAUUAAACAUGAAGAGAGAGGGAAUUGACAGGGAAGAUGUUGGAAGCUUCCAAUAUAAGGCUCCAGAAAGGGGGAUUGGUCCUAACACACAGAUUUUGAAACAUGACCACAAAGGGUCAGUAGGACCAGACUUUUUGGGAUCUAGACUAGAAAAAAGAGGUCCUGAGAUGCAGUUUCCAAGGUGUGACAGAAGACCGAUUAUGGCCCCCAGGUUUUUGGGACAUGCUCAUGACAGAAGUACGUUAACUAUAAACACUGGGGAGCCUGGCAUGAAAUUACCAAGUGGUCCAGACUUUAUGGGAAAUGAUGGAGGAGGACUAGCUUUAGAUGCUACUGGACCUGGGUCAAGGCCAAAGAGAAAUGAUUCUUUUCUGGAUAGUGGAUUUGACAGAAGAGAAUCAGCAGGCCCAGAUUUUAUGGAUCCUUGGCCUGAAAGGGGAGGACAAAAUAUGGUAUGCCCAAAACCUGAUAGGAGUCCCAACAUGGAGGGUCUUAGAAAUUAUUGUAAAGUACCAGGAAGUUCAGAUUUCAGAAGAGCAGGGCCUGAAAGCACAGGCUUGUUUUUGGAGGGGCAUGUGCACAAUCUGAAAAAAACAGAUACAUCAAACAGGGGAAUAAGGCCUGAAAUGGAAGGUACGAGCAUGGAGGGCCCUGAAACUGAAAGAAGGAGACUCAAAGAUCCAAGUUUAAGAGAAAUUAGCCCUGACAUUAGACGUUUCAGAACAGUACCUGAAGAUGUAGAAUUUAAAAGAUCAAGGCUUCAGAAAGGAAGUAUCUCUAUGGAAGAUUCUGGUCAUCAGAAUAGAGGAGGUCCAUUUUUCAGAGCACCAGGACCUGAAAGCAGAUGUUCAUCUAUGGAAAAUCUUGGAUCAGAAAAUAAAACACCUGGAGGUCCAGAUUUUUGUGAGCCAGGUCUUUACAAGAGAAGUCACGUGAUAGAUGAUACAAGAUUUAACAGAAAAUCUGGUGGUCCAGAUAUUAGACCAGUAAAUGAAACAGGAGGUCUCAUUAUGGAUAACCAGGAGUUUGGCAAAAGAGAACCACGAGCAGAUAUCUGGGGACUAGGGUCUGAAAGAAGAGGACCCAUUGAUCACAGUCAGGGACGCCCAUACUCUAAAGGAGAAGGAACAGAUGGUAGAAAACCACAUUCAGAUGAUUCUGUUCGUAACUGGAAAGGUUCAGACUUCAGAGCACCAGGUUCUAAUAUGGCAGGUCCAGCACUCAAUCAAAGAGGUAUAGGGGGUCAAAGAAUAGGGAGACCAGGGCUUUCAACUGAAGUUUUUAACACAUUAAGCCCAAGGCAUGAUGGCAGAUGUCAAGAAGAUUCAAAUAUUUCAGAAUCUUGGCCAGAAGAAUUUCCUUUAAAUAAGAAUGAAAGAGCAGACAGGAAUAUUCUAAGAGGUUCACCGUUCAGGUGUCCUGAAUCAGAAAAAGGACCUUCAGAUAUGGAAAGUUUGGAUAGAGUUUCACACUUUAGGCCUAAUAGAGCAAUUAUGAGGGGUCGGAGACCCAUGAGAAAAGAGUCAGGAGUUUUUGGAGGACCAUUUCUCGUAAAUAGAGGUCGAGGACUUGAAAGGCCAACUAUUAACAGACAAAAUACAGAUGGUCGAGGCUUCACAGAGUUUGUGCCUGAUAGACCAAGUUCAGAUAGAGUGGAUUCAGAAUCCAUCUGUAGUGAAAGUGGUAAAGGAAUCAGACAACAUGAAACAAGCACAGAAGGUCAUAGUUAUAAAAGAAAGUUUGACUGGGAAACACCAGAACCUAUUUCAGAAAGUCCGUAUUUAGAUAUUGCAGGGCCUGAUGAGAGUAGAGUUUUUAGACCUUCAGGUCCUAUAAGAGGAAGGAUUAGAGGACACGGACAGAAUUUCCAUGGCUCUGCACCUGGUAGGGGAAGAGAAAACUUUGAGGGGCAGUGGUCAGACAGAAGAGGGUCGACUAUGGAAACUUCUGGAGAUGAGAGAGGAUUUCCUGAAGAUAAUUGGGACAGCAGUGACAAUAUGAGCUCAGGGCCUGUCGAAGAUGGUUCAGAUGAGCAAGACCAGAGAGAUGGUAAACAGUAUCGUACUAGUGAAUGGAGAGACACAACGAAUAGGCAAUUUCCAAAACCCAUACAUGGUUCUGGAGAUGAAUGGAGUGGUCCUAGUUGUAGGGGUCCACAGCCAACCCAGGAGAGUUCAGAUGACAGUAUUUCAGGACCCAGCAGGGACGGCCUAGGGAGAUUAGCAGGGAAAGGGUCGAGGCCAUUUUUCAGGGGGAGAGGUGGCACAGGCUACAGAGGACACUUCUGUGACCGAGGCCGAGGGGGCGGUCGAGGAUCAGGUUUGCAUAGCUCCUUGUAUUUGGAGGAAGAAGGCAUGCAGCAGGACUUUAAAAGCAAUGUGAAAGGCCCUGGAGUUUAUAGGAGAGGUCGCAGUUUAAUGAAUCCAUGUCCAAACAGGAGAUCAUUUGAGCAAGGGGAUCAAGAUUCACAAUACCCUGAAUCAGGCUGUGAGUAUUCAGAAAAUGAAGGUCCAGGAACAGAUGGGAGAUAUUCUGAAUUUGUGGAGCCAGAAUCUCCAAGAUAUGAUGAAGACAUAAAAGAUGCUGAUUUUAGAAGAGGAAGAGAAGGUUUAAAGAUGACACGACAAGGACCAGCAGAUAAGAGGAGAUGGGACACAAACACAGAGUUUGCUGAGUUGGAUAGAGAACAAGCAGAUGUGGGGGAUUGGGAACAAGAAAAGGGAGGCUAUGUAACCAAUAGUGAAAGAAGAGGUCCUUGUCUGGUUGCACAAAAUCAUGAGUCUUUUGAAAGACCUUUAGCACCAUUCAAAAGGCCUCGUGGUCCAGCUCCAAACAGAGGAGAAAAAUCAUUCACUGUUUUUGAUGGCCCACAUCAAUCUGUACCACCCCACAAAAACAGAGGUGCUUUACUUCCUACUCCACAUGGCUUAAAACGAGUAAUUAGAAAACAUGAACCCUUCAGCUUGAAAACAAAAGCGUUCGGUCACCCAGUAAAUAGGGAGCCGAUUAGAGGGAGAGCCGUGGAUUUUCAGUUCAGGGGCCGUGCAAGAGGGCCAAGAGGUGGAAUAUCUGGCUGAUUUAGAGUCGUGGAGGGUGAAAAUGAAAUGGAGGCAGGCAUAUAAAAUGCUAAAAAGUUGGACAGUCAAGACAAAAUAGUGUUUACGAAUGUUUAGAACACAGACUGGAAGCCACACACUUUCCAAAAUUGUAUUUUUAAGCCUGUCCUGUAAGUCCUGUAACAAUUUCUAUGGUCUACAUGCAAGCCCAUGUAUGGUAAAGGUAAACAAAGGAGUAAUAUUUUGUUUUUAUGUUUUUGUUUGUUUUACUGUACAAAAAUAAAGUGGCUAUGACUAAUACUCUUUAAAGCAAACUGAUCUGCUGUAUGUACAACUUGAUGUGAAAUUUUAUGUCAAUAGUUUGGAAACCUGUACAGGAAAUGUAAAAAUAGUCUGUUUUUAGCAUGGCCAUAUUAAUGCUAUAGUCUUCAUCUAGUUUGUUUAUUCUCAUUGUCGAAAACACAACCUGUUUUAGUGUUUGAUUUGAAAGCAGCAUCUCAAUAAAAAGGUGUUCAAAUGGAAA